AUGAAGCUCUCGUCCGUGGCCUCGAUAUGGCUGGCAGGCGCCAUGGCGCCAAUGGCCUUGGCCCUUGAAAUCGACUGGAACUCAGAAGACUCGAUCAGGGAGGGCGCAUCGACGAUAGCAUAUGGCUUGAUGAAGUACUACACAGGAAACAACACCGGUGACGUGCCAGGCAACUUGCCAGACCCAUAUUACUGGUGGGAAGCUGGUGCAAUGUUCGGCGCGAUGGUGGACUACUGGGCAUACACAGGCGACGAGACAUACGUCAACUCGACAUACCAGGCCAUGCAACACCAAAUAGGCGACGACCAUGACUUCAUGCCGCUCAACCAGACCAAGUCAGAAGGAAACGAUGACCAAGGCUUCUGGGCACUGUCCGCCAUGUCAGCCGCCGAGUUGAACUUCCUCAACCCAAACCAGACCGAAGAAGGUGGAACCCAAUGGCUCGCCCUGGUGCAGGCCGUCUUCAACGAGUACGUCGGACGAUGGGAUGACGCAGACUGCGGCGGCGGACUACGGUGGCAGAUCUUCACGUUCAACAACGGCUACACAUACAAGAACUCCAUCUCCAACGGGUGCUUCUUCAACCUGGGCGCCCGCCUGGCGCGGUACACGGGCAACCAGACCUACGCCGACUGGGCGACCAAGGUGUACGACUGGAUGGAGGCGGUGGGCUUCAUCGACGACGAGUACAACAUCUACGACGGCGCGGGCUACGGCGACAACCAGAACUGCACCAACAUCGACCAGGUGCAGUGGACGUACAACGCGGGCAUCUGGCUGCACGGCAGCGCGGUCAUGUACAACUACACCAACGGGUCGGCCGAGUGGAAGACCCGCGUCGACGGCAUCCUCAACCACACCUCGCAGCAGUUCUUCCAGGACCAGGUCAUGUACGAGCCCGCCUGCGAGCCCGCCUUCCAGUGCAAGACCGACUCGCUCUCCUUCAAGGCCUACCUGGUGCGCUGGCUCGCGGGGACCGUGCAGAUGGCGCAGCACACCUACGACAUCAUCGGGCCCCUACUGUCCGCGAGCGCCGUGGGCGCCGCGCAGCAGUGCUCCGGCACGGCCACCGAGGCCGACGGGUACAAGGGCGUCAGCGGCACGGCCUGCGGCAUGCACUGGGUCGACGGCGCCGAGUGGGACGGCAUGAACGGCGUCGGCCAGCAGAUGGCCGCCCUGUCCGCCGUCUUCUACAGCCAGGUCAAGAACUGGAACGCCCCGACGCCCUACACCGCCAUCACGGGCGGUACCUCGACCGGUGACGUGAACGGUGGCCAGGACAAGACGGACGAGUCGCUCAGCACGCUCAAGCCCAUCACCGCCGGUGACAGGGUCGGCGCUGGGUUCUUGACCACGCUUGUCGCUGCGGGCCUGUUCGGUGGCUGCUUCUGGAUGGUCAAGGAGUGA